AUGCGCGCGACUUCGUCACCUGGGAUGGAUGGUCUGACAGAUGGUUUCUUCCAGGUCGCCCCUGACGUCUUCAUAGAAUGCCUUAGUAUCGUCUUUAAAGAUCAUCCCCACCGCGGUACGCUCCUACCGUCCCAGCGGAAGUCAGCAGUUGUUCUGCUUCACAAGAAAGGGUCGUGUGCGGCUUCUGGAAACUACCGCCCGAUUGCUCUUGUACAAGUUGAUGUGAAGAUAAUGUCGAAAGCGCUUACGUGUCGCCUCCAACAGUCGACCCCCGAUUUGAUCCACCCCGACCAGAAGGGAUUUGUCAAGGGACGAUCAAUUCAUCACCACGUGCGCUUUCUGGCCGAUCUUAUAGACCUGGUUACCGGCCGGGAUGACGAAACGUACGCGCUGUUUCUGGAUUUUGAAAAAGCCUUCGAUAUAGUCAACUAUUACUACAUAUUUCGUCUACUCGAGCGCAUGGGACUUAGGUCGACAUUUACGCGGCGGAUCCGGCUUCUCUACACGGACCCUCGGGCCAUCUGA